AUGGCUGUUCCUGCUCACGCUCAGGCUUCGCUGCCUGCGCUCCCUGCGCAUCUCCAGGAUGACAGCCACUUGACGGCACACCUGGCCAGCAGAUUCCACGUCUCGCUGUCCACGGCCCAGUUGUCAUCACACGCCAUCAUCGCCCUCAACACAUACACAUCGUCGGCAAAGGGUCCCGAUGGCUCAAAAGAAGGUAGCGCCAUGGGUGCCGCCGAGGACCUGGCUUCAAGGGCGUGGACUCGUCUUGGAGCUAGACAGGAGAACCAGGCCGUCGUCUUUCUCGGUGAAACCGGCUCAGGCAAAACCACUCUCCGCUCGCACCUCCUGUCUGCCUUGUUGAACUACACAUCGACGCCACUGUCCAACAAGCUGUCCUACGCUGCCUUUGUCUUCGACACUUUGACCACCACAAAGUCCGUGACCACCCCUACCGCUUCGAAAGCUGGUCUUUUCUUCGAACUUCAAUACGACACAUCCUCCAGCCUCCAUCCAACCCUCGUCGGUGGUAAGCUGCUCGACCACCGUCUCGAACGCAGCAGAGUCGCCACUAUUCCCCCUGGCGAGCGCAACUUCCACGUCCUCUACUACCUCCUGGCUGGUACCAGCCCGCAAGAGAAGGAGCAUCUUGGUCUUGACCAGGCAGGUCCUGCCACUCACAGGCAUUCGCUCGGCAAUGGCGGCGCAAAGAGAUGGAGAUACUUGGGCCACCCCAGUCAGCUCAAGGUCGGUAUUAAUGAUGCCGAAGGUUUCCAACACUUCAAGACUGCUCUACGCAAGCUCGAAUUUCCUCGUGACGAGAUCGCCCACAUGUGCGAGAUGCUUGCCUGUAUCCUGCACAUUGGUCAGCUUGAAUUCGUCACAACCCAGUCGACUACACCCUCGGCCGAUGACAGUGGUGGUUACUCGCACGAGGGCGGCGAGGAUGUCACUUCGGUCAAGAACAGGGAAACUCUCCACAUCGUAGCAGCUUUCCUCGGUGUUUCCGAGAGACAUCUGGAAGAGAGUUUGGGAUACCGCACAAAGAAGCUUCACCGUGAGCGCGUCACCGUCAUGCUCGACCCUAAGGGCGCUCGAGACAACGCUGAUGAGCUUGCACGCACCUUGUACUCGCUCUUCGUCGCUUACAUCAUCGAGCGCAUCAACCAGAAGAUUUGCUCGGCAGAGGAUGCCAUUGCUAACACCAUCUCGAUCGUUGACUUCCCAGGCUUCGCACAAUCUUCUGCCACAGGCUCCGUAUUGGACCAGCUGUUGAACAACGCAGCAUCUGAGUCGCUUUACAACUUCUGUCUGCAGAGCUUCUUUGAGCGCAAAGCCGAUCUUCUCGAGACUGAAGAAGUCAGUGUGCCUGCAACCAGCUACUUCGACAACACCGAUGCUGUUAAGGGCCUGCUUAAAUCUGGCAACGGCCUUCUCAGCAUUCUGGACGAUCAGAUGCGUCGUGGCAAGACCGAUCAGCAAUUCCUCGAGAGCGUCAGAAGACGUUUUGAAGGCAAGAAUCCUGCUAUCGAGGCUGGCGCUGCUACUCAGACUCUUCCUGGAAACAACUUUGCUACCCGCAACGCCAAUGCUGCAUUCACUGUCAGACAUUACGCCGGUGAGGUCGACUACCCCGUCGAGAACCUUCUCGAAGCCAACGGCGAGGUCAUCUCUGGUGACCUUAUGAACCUGAUUAAUACGACCUCGAACCAAUUCAUUAGUGACCUCUUUGGCCAAGAAGCGUUGAGCAAGGUCGUGCACCCCAAAGACCGCUCUGCUGUCGUGCAAGCCUCGGUUGCCUCGAAGCCUUCAAGAAUGCCUAGCAUGGCUAAACGCACCGGCGAGCGUCCUGCAAGACUUGGUGCCAUGAGACAAGACAGUGACAAUGGCAAUGGCAAGAGGAGUCUCUCUCGCGGAGGCAAGGGCGAGCCUGAACAGCAACAAGGCGCUGCUGCUCAGUUCUUGUCUUCUCUGGACAACAUCACCAAAUCGUUGUCUGACCCUCGCACUAACCCAUACUUUGUGUUCUGUUUGAAACCCAAUGAUCGCAGAAUUGCCAACCAAUUCGACAGCAAAUGUGUUCGCACUCAGAUGCAAACUCUUGGUAUCGCUGAGAUCAGUCAGCGUCUGCGCAAUGCCGAUUUCAGUGUGUUCAUGCCUUUCAGUGAAUUCUUGGGCGUCGCUGAGGGCGAUGUCUCGGUCGUGGGCACCGAUAAGGAGAAGGCAGAGAUGAUCCUAGAUGAAAAGAUCUGGCCUGGCAACGAAGCAAGAGUCGGCAGCACUGGUGUCUUCCUCAGCGAACGUUGCUGGCGCCAAAUCGCACGAGUCAGUGACCUCGAUGUAGCUCCUGUUGGCAUGCACGACCAGACUCCUUACGGAGAACAAGAGGGUAUGUUGUCUCCAGAUCAUGCACGCAACGGUCGCAACGACUCAAGCCUCAACCUCCUCGGUGCUGGAGGUGUUGCUCCUUCUCCUGGCGCCUUCUACCACGACGACAAGGUAGCAGGCUACUUUGGAAGCCGCGAUCUCGACGCCAAGUCGGAAGCUGGUGCUUCAGCCUUCCAUGGAGGAAACGAGGCCAAGGUUGCAGCAAUCGACGAGGUACCCGUUACAGGUGCCCGAAAGAGAUGGCUGUUCCUUGUCUACCUCUUUACUUGGUGGAUCCCUGAUGUGUUCGUUCGCAUCAUCGGCCGCAUGCCUCGUCCCGACAUCCGUAUGGCUUGGAGAGAAAAGGUGGCCAUCAACUUCAUGAUCUGGCUUGCUUGUGGCAGUUUCUUGUUCCUCAUGAUUGGUUUCCCCGCGCUCAUUUGCCCGACACAGCACGUUUACUCGGCUGCUGAGUUGCAAUCGCACAACGGCAAGGACGGCCAGUCUUCCUACAUCGCAAUCCGCGGUGUUGUCUUCGACCUUGGUAACUUUGAGUCAGUUCACUAUCCUAACAUCAUCCCGACAUCCGCUCUGGAGAAGUACGCCGGUACUGACGCAACCAACCUCUUCCCCGUCCAAGUAUCUGCUCUUUGUCCCGGUACAGAUGAGAAUGGUAUCGAUCCUGCUGUCCAGCUCAACUACAAGAGCACCAACUACACUGGUCAAGCUUCGGCCGUCAGCGGUACUGAUUCUCAUGCCGUGUACCACGACUUCCGCUGGGCUACCAACGACUCCCGUCCAGACUGGUUCGCGCAGCAGAUGAAGUUCUUAAACCAAAACUACAGGAAGGGUGCUCUGGGUUACACGUCCGGUUACGUCAAGAAACAGGGCAAGAAGCAACAGUCCAUCGCCAUUCUCAACGGGAAAAUCUACGAUUUCACCGAUUACAUCGUCGGUGGUCGUGCUCCCAAGUACCCUGCUGGAUACGACGUUCCUGACACUGUACCCAACUCGAACUUCAUGGAUCAGCGUGUGGUCAAUCUUUGGCAGCAACACGCUGGUCAGGAUGUGACUGACGAUUGGAACAACCUUGGAAUGACUCUUGACCUGAGGAACCGCAUGCAGAUCUGUCUCGACAACCUUUUCUACGUGGCCGAUGUGGAUACCAGAAACUCGACCAAGUGUCAGUUCGCCACUUAUCUCUUGCUCGGAAUCUCGAUGUUCUUGAUUGCGGUUAUUGGUGUGAAGUUCCUUGCCGCCCUUCAGUUCGGUGGUAAGAACGUUCCGGAGAACCUCGACAAGUUCAUCAUCUGUACUGUGCCAGCCUACACCGAAGACGAAGACUCUUUGCGGCGUGCCAUUGAUUCAGCCGCCAGAAUGAAGUACGACGACAAGCGCAAACUUCUACUCAUUGUCUGUGACGGUAUGAUCAUUGGUCAAGGCAACGACCGUCCUACUCCUCGCAUUGUCCUCGAUAUUCUGGGUGUUCCCGAGACCGUCGACCCGGAGCCAUUGAGUUUCGAGAGUUUGGGCGAGGGUCAGAAGCAGCACAACAUGGGCAAGAUCUACUCUGGUCUUUACGAAGUCCAAGGUCACAUUGUCCCCUUCAUGGUUAUCGUCAAGAUUGGCAGACCUGCCGAAGUUGGUAGACCUGGUAACCGUGGUAAGCGUGAUUCCCAGAUGGUCUUGAUGAGAUUCCUGAACAGAAUUCACUACAACCUGCCAAUGGCUCCCAUGGAACUCGAGAUGUAUCACCACAUUCGAAACAUCAUUGGUGUCAAUCCGACGUUCUACGAGUUCUUGUUGCAGAUCGAUGCGGAUACCGUCGUUGCUCCCGAUUCAGCCACACGAUUCGUCGCUUCAUUCCUCCACGAUACACGCCUCAUCGGUGUUUGUGGUGAGACGGCUCUUACUAACGCUAAGUCCUCCAUCGUUACUAUGAUGCAAGUCUACGAGUACUACAUCUCGCACAACUUGAUCAAGGCCUUCGAAUCGCUCUUCGGCUCGGUCACUUGUUUGCCUGGUUGUUUCUCCAUGUACCGCAUUCGCGAUGCAGCAUCAGGCAAGCCUCUUUUCGUUUCCCAGGAAGUUGUCGAGAUGUACGCCGAGAUUCGUGUCGACACGCUCCAUACCAAGAACUUGCUGCACCUGGGAGAAGACAGAUACUUGACGACUCUUCUGAUGAAGUGGCAUCCCUCUUACAAGACCAAGUUCAUCAUGCGCGCUCAUGCCUGGACUAUCGCACCCGACAGCUGGACCGUCUUCAUGUCGCAACGUCGUCGUUGGAUUAACUCCACUGUACACAACCUCGUCGAGCUUACCUCAUUGUCUCAGCUUUGCGGUUUCUGCUGUUUCAGUAUGCGUUUCGUCGUCUUCCUUGACUUGCUCUCGACUAUCAUCCAGCCUGUCUUGGUCGGUUACCUUGUGUACAUCUUCGUUCGCAUUGGACAAGACCCUGGUGGUGUUUCGACAAUUGCCAUUAUCAUGUUGGUUGCCGUUUAUGGUAUGCAAGCAUUGGUUUUCAUCAUCCGUCGCAAGUGGGAGAUGGUUGGGUGGAUGAUCAUCUACCUGAUCGCUACACCAGUCUUCUCUAUGGCGCUUCCUCUCUACUCUUUCUGGCACAUGGACGAUUUCUCGUGGGGUAACACUCGUGUCGUUACCGGAGAAAAGGGCAAGCAAGUUGUUGUUUCCGACGAGGGCAAGUUCGACCCAGCCAGCAUUCCGAAGAAGAGAUGGGAAGAGUACCAGGCCGAGCUUUGGGAAGCGCAGACUUCGCGUGAUGACGACGCCCGUUCUGCAAUUUCCGGUGUUACCGGCGUGUCGUACGCGACAAAGUCAGCCUAUCCAGGCAUGGGCGGCUCCGUCUAUGACUACCCACCUUCGCGCCCUAUGUCAACACUGGGCGUGCCACAAGGUCCUUUCGGCAACCAGUCGCGUCUCAGUCUUGCGCCAAGUGAGAUGGGUCUCAUGGCUGGUGGCUACAGCCCCAACUCGGUAGAGAUGACAGAUAUGCCUCUUCCCAGCGACGAUGCUAUCCUUGCUGAGAUUCGCGAUAUCUUGGCCAAGACUGAUCUUAUGACUAUUACGAAGAAGAGUGUCAAGUCCGAACUGGAGAGACGUUUCGGUGUGCCGCUGGAUGCUAAGAGAGCAUACAUUGGCUCCGCCACAGAAGCCAUUCUUAGUGGACAGUUGUAA